GACGCUCAUCACGCACUCUGGGAAUAUAAAAGUUCUUGCACACACACACCUUAUUGUCUUCCACAUGUCUCCGCCAUACAUUUACACCCCCGCGUAGCCAUCUCUAUAAUGCUCUUCAGUGGCCUGCUCGAAGUUCUCACCUCGUCUCUACCGUUCCUUGCUCCUUCGUCUCCUCUUUCGGCCAAACCCGAUAUCAAUGUCGUCCCUUUGCCUAGGCAUUACAUCAUCGGGGAUGGGUCGACGCCUGUUUGUCUUUCUACCAAUUUCAGCAUACAAGCAGCCCCCUCAUCUUUAGCCACUUUCCCGACUGACCUUCAAGAUGCCAUCACAUCAACUCAACACCGCUUGAAGAACACCCAGGUAACGUAUCUUUCGCCCAACGAAGGAUCAGAGUUUUUCACCGGCGGCUCUGGUGCUAUUAGAUCUUGCGCAUACUAUCUCGACACCUUGCACAUUGAUUUCACUGCCUAUAAUGGUACCGAUAUCCUCUCGGAAACCGUUGCACCCGUCGAAGAACGCGCCGAGCUCGAGGCAUAUACGCUUGAUCUCUCUCUCAAGGGGAAAGCGACGAUCAGCUCUCGAGGGGCUUUGGGUGCGUUCAGAGGUCUCAGCACCUUCGAAGGCCUCUUCUACAGCCUUGAGGCUGGAGUUCAGGGAUCGGACAGAGUGUAUGCUCCACUCGCUCCUUAUCAUAUUGAAGACAAGCCAAGUUUUGGCUGGCGUGCAGUAUUAUUGGAUACCUCGAGGCAUUACUUUUCCGUUCCAUCCAUCCUGAAGAUACUGGAUACGAUGUCCAUGGUUAAGCUCAACGUCUUCCACUGGCACGUCACGGACUCCAAUUCAUGGCCUUUAGAUCUUGACAGCUAUCCAGAACUCGCAGCCAAAGGAGCAUCCUCUCAGUCUGAGAGGUAUAGCCAGAAAGAUAUGCAAAUGAUCAUUGACUAUGCAGGCCACAGAGGCAUUGACACCCUUCUCGAGAUUGACACACCGGGCCACACUGCCUCUAUUGCUCCUUCGCAUCCCUCCUUCGUGGCAUGCUUCGAGUCAACGCCAUUCAAACACUUUGCUCACCAGCCUCCAGCAGGACAAUUGCGAUUUGCCGACGAGAAGGUGACAGAGUGGACGGCUCAGCUCCUGCGGGAGAUCGGCAGUCUGUCCAAAGGAGGAUAUUUCAGUACGGGAGGGGAUGAGAUCAAUAUGAACUGCAUGUUGGAAGAUAUGCCUACGGCGUCUAAGCUGAAAGCCAAAGGCUGGACGUUGGAUGACGCCUUGGAUCAUUUUACUGAAAAGACACAUGCCCCCUUGAGGCAGGCAGGAAAAACUCCAGUGGUCUGGCAAGAGAUGGCGCUCAAUCACGGGACGAUGUCUUCUCUUACUAAUGACACCAUUGUUGAUAUCUGGGUCAACUCUGCGGACGCUCGCAAGGUUCUGGACCAAGGAUACCGUAUAGUCCACGCUUCGGCAGACUACUUUUACCUGGACUGUGGACAAGGCGGAUGGAUAGGGGAAGAGGGAGGUAAUAACAGCUGGUGUGAUCCCAUGAAGUCUUGGGCAAGAAUGUAUUCUUUCGACCCUUUCAAAGAUGUCAAAGACGAAGAGAGGCACUUGGUUUUGGGUGGUCAAACAUCGCUCUGGACAGAGCAGACGGACGAGACGAACUUGGAGCCUACUCUCUGGCCUAGAGCAGCAGCUUUAGCGGAAGUUUUCUGGUCAGGGCCAGGACCAGACAGCCGACCUCGCAGUUCAAACAAGGCGCUACCUAGAAUGCACGAUAUCCGUUAUAGAAUGGUGGGAAGAGGUGUGAGAGCUGCACCUUUGCAGCCUCGUUGGUGCGCCCUUCGUCCCGGUGCGUGUAUUUUAGCUGCUUGAGGUGUUGAUGAUUCUGUAUGGCUACGAUAAAUUAUACAUAUAGCUCCAAAUGGUCUACUACGUUUUUUUGAUACUUGUUUUUUUGAAUCAGCUUUUGUUAAACAUAUCACAGACUAAAAAGAACAUGAAGACAAGGUUUUCGGCCUUUGAACGGUAGACUGCACAAAUGUGAUCUUGAAAGGG